AUGCCACUGUCAGUUCAUGCGUCAGCUCAAUCCGGCUUCACUGAGGAAUCUCCUGAGGGCAGCCAUAAUUCUGGUGAUGAUGGUGGAAGCACGGCAGCGACAAAACCGAAGGAGCUUGAAGUGGAAUGGCUGGAAGCUUCUCAGAUCCGAUUCAGCCAGCCGACUAUAUGCGAGGCCUUCUCACGCCCGCCAGCCAAGGCAGUAUCAGAUGCAGCACCCGAACACAAGAGCUACGCUCGUGUGGCUGCAGCUGCGCCCAGAAGCAACAAGUACACAGUCUUUGACGCCGUGCGAGAUCUCUACAGCGGCGCUAGCAAGGUGGAGGACUUUCCACCAAUCCGAGUGGUGGAGCAGGACGGGCUGCUCUUCUCUCUAGACAACCGCCGCCUCUACGAGCUGUUUCAAAAGCUCACGUGCACGGGCAUGGGGGAUGCGCGGGGGAAGGCGGUGGAGGUGUUGACGGAGGAGGAGGCGAGGAAGUUGGGCAGGGUGCUGCAGCUAGAGCAGCACGUGCUCAAGUGGAGCGUGGACGAUAUCAUGAAUGAUUACCUGGUGUUCCGGAAGGUUCGGCCUAUACCAGACGCGUUCCCGAACGUUCGCUCGUACCUGUCUGCGUUCCGCUGGCCCAUGGUGGAGGAGUGCCGCGCCAGCCUCAAGUCUGGCCUGAGUCAGCUCUCUGCAUCAACCCCCAUUCCAAUAGACAUUCACAAAGUGGAGAGGCUCGAUGGGUAUGUGGCAGGCGUAGAUGAUUAUGAUGACGAGAAGGAGGGGAAGGAAAUUGGGAAUUACAUGGCCCACAAGGAUUUAUUUGGUAGAGAUUUGCAUGGGGAGGAGGAUAUAUAUGGAGGUUCUUCGUUUGAGGGAGCGAGGAGGGUGAGGAAGCCGGUGAAGGUGCACUCGGAUACGGGGCGGUUUGGAGCCGGGGGCAGCGUGUCCGAACAAGUGAAGCUGAAGCCAACAGAUGUGGUUCUUUUCUACACCGUUGCUCCCACUGACUACACCGACCUGCUUUGCUCGGGCGUGCUGUAUCUGCUGGGCGUUCUCAUUCCUGACCGCAACAUGACAAAAGCCCUUCCUCUUCCAGAAGAGGAUGUGGCACAGGGCGGCGGUGGGGGCGAUGGGAGCAGCUUGUACUUCAAGGCAAAGAUAUUUCUUCCGAAAGAUUCUCCCGAGUCUAGAGGCCUAGAGGGGGCUUUGGUGCAGAAGAAGAGUGGUAAGGGAGAUGGUGGAGUGGAAGGUGGUGAGGAGGGGGGUGGGACUCAGGAGGUUGCCUGGUAUGUGACCCCAGUGGAUACAUUUCCCAUGCCUCACCGCAUCUGGGAUGCGCUACAUGCGUCUCUUGGGCAGGAGGAGUGGAACGAGAGCGGGGAGUCAAAGAGAGAUCGGACGAUGAGGAUGGUUUUGGAGGAGGUGUUGUGUUCGGAGAGUGGGAGCGGCAGGAGGGGUAGAGCGAAGCGAAGCACAGAAGAAGAAAGAGAGCAAUUUCUGAGCAUGCUACCUCCAGCCAUCUCCAUAGCUCCUGAUGUGGUUCCGGAGCUCAUGCAAGCCGUGAGGGAUUUCUGCCAUGCCCGCGGCCUCAACCAACCACAGCGAACAGCCAUUCUCGCCUGCCUGAGAGGUUUCCUCUCGGUCGCUGCUUCACCCAACGCCACUGCCUACUCCGACUCUGCCUCCCCGUUCUUCUCCCCAAAUAUCCCCUCCUCUUCUCUAUUCUCAUCCUUCUCAUCGCCACUCGACGAUUCUGCGUCUCGCCGACUCCUGCAGCUGGUGCAGGGACCGCCCGGCACAGGCAAAACGCAUACAAUCUCCAUUCUCCUCUCUGUCAUGCUUGCCCUUGGAGUUCGCACGCUUGUUUGUGCCCCUACCAACGUCGCUAUAGCAGAAGUGGGCCGGCGAGUGCUGCAUCUCGCGCUCUCCUCUGAUCCCUCCUCUCACUUUGCAGGAUACUGCCGCGCCCGGCAGCAACAGUGCUACGGGUGGCCGGACCGAAAGGCAUUCGCGAGGCAUGGGAGACUGAGGGUUGAGGAUAUAGCCCUUGUGGCGAAUGAAGAGAGGCUCGAGAUUGAUCCAGAGCUGGAAAUGAUUCUGGUGGGCAGUGAGAGGAAGGAGAGUGGCGGCCAGAGGCGGACUCUGAGUGGUCGUAUUGGGAGGCUGAUAGGAGCAGUUUCCUCUCUAUUUGAUUGGAAGGCGUCGUUUCAGAGCUUGAUUUCCUUUCUGGAAUCCUCAUGGGAGGAUCUGAACGGUGAAUUUCAAACUGAGUUGAGAGCGGAAGAGAAGAGGCGCUGCAGGGAAGAUGCUCCUGCGCCCGACGAGGAUGAUGAGCAGGGCGAGGUCAGAAAAGGCGGCAGCAGCAAGAAAGAUCCAAAGAACGUCGACCCGCUCCCCACCCUCGUAACACACUUCCAGAAGCGCAUUGAUCUCCUGACCCAGCCCGCUAUGGAAGCAGCUGUUAAUCUUGCAGAGGACCUGCCGUCUGCUCUUCUCCCUGAGAAUCAACGGCUGCUGCUUCUCCAAGCGUUUGAUCUCAUGGCAGCUCUCCCAGCCUACAGCACCCCGAGCCUAUCCGGAGCCCCCACCUUUGCAACCGUGGCUGCAGCAUGCAUUGAAUACGCCAAGCUCGUCCUCUCCACCGUCUCCUCCUCUGCGCGCCCUCUCCUCCGUUUAUCCAGCCCUUUCCCCCUGCUGCUGCUGGACGAAGCAGCCCAACUGGUGGAGGCAGAGAGCCUGGUGGCGCUCCAGACGAAAGGGCUGCGCUAUGCUGUGCUCGUGGGCGAUCCCAAACAGCUGCCCGCCACUAUUCUGAGCAAGGUAGCAGUUGAGAGCCACUACAACCGCAGCUUGUUCGAGCGCCUGCAGAGCAACGGGUGGGAGGUGCACAUGCUGAGCGUGCAGUACCGCAUGCACCCUGAAAUCAGCUGCUUCCCCUCUCACCGCUUCUACGAGGGGCGUAUCGAGGAUGGUGCCAACGUAUGCCACCCGUCCCACUGCCCGCAGCAUCUGGAGCGUCUGUUUGGCCCGUACAUGUUCAUGCACGUGAGGGGCAAGGAGGAGAGGGAUGUGGGGAAGGCGGGGGAAGGCGGCUCGCGCAGUAUUGCAAACUCGGUGGAGGCUGCGGUGGUUCUAGCGUUGCUCAAACGGCUCUCUGACGGUGCGCCCUACUCAUGUGCUCUGCACUGCAAUAUUCUGCUCUGCCUUCCACUACUACUUUGUGCCUUUCUCUCCUUUGCUAGUUCUGCUUCUAUGAUGUGCCAGAUACAGCUGCUUCUCCUGCUUCUGGUGCUUCAACCUCGCCUCAUAAACUCGUCUGUAACUCCCCCUGCUACCCGCUCCUCUCCUCCCACCCCAGCGCGCACAGCCUGCAAGGGCAUUGCAGCAGCAGCAGCAGCAGCAGGGGCGCGCGCCCCACCACUAAAAGUGGGUCUGAUAUCCCCGUACAACCUGCAAGUGGACUACUUGAAGCGGGCGCUGGAGUCGCAGUCGUGGGCGCACCUGGUGGUGGAGGUGAAGAGUGUGGACGGGUUCGAGGGCCAGGAGCGCGACGUGAUCAUCGUCACCACUGUGUGCUCCAAUGACGCUGGCUCCAUUGGCUUUGUGUCCGAUGCAAGGCAGUGGGUGGUGGGGGUGGGGCUGAACGUGGCAGUAACACGAGCGCGGUACAGCAUGUGGGUGGUGGGCGAUCGGGACACGCUGCAGCGCGGCGACACCACAUGGGAGCACCUGCUCGAGGACGCGCAGCAGCGCGGCUGCCUGGUGGAUGCACCGAGCGAUGUGAAGCUGCGCAGAGUGGUGGAGAGGCGUCAGAUGGAGUUGGGCGAGGUGGAGCAGCUGCUGCUGCCCAACUCAGGCCUCUGGGACUCACUCAUUUGGGAGGCCACCUUCAGCGUGGAGUUCCAGCGCAACAUGCAGCAGCUGCGCUCUCUAGACGUCAUCAACGCACACAAAAACCACCUUCUCGUCCUCCAUAUCCCCACGUCGCAACAGUCUCAUGAGUUGCUCUUUCUCCUGUGCUUUGUUCCCUCCCCCCUUUCGUCUGCCCUCCCCUAA